CACCCGUCACCCCGCCCGCUCACGCGUGCUUGCAGAAGAGACCGAACGGAUCAAAUCGGGUCUAUCGCAGCUUUAAAGUUACCGAGAGUUUAGAAAACACUUUUAAGGAGUUCUGUCAGACGUGAGCCGUUACGGUCAUUCGAGCACUUCAUCUGUCAGCCCUGUUUAAUUUGGUAUGCUGAGAACUUUUAGGAGGUCAGUAGCCAUGCGUGUGGAACUUUUGCUGAACUUGGUGUGCAUGGUGUUUUUGGGUAUUUUUGAUGUUGCGACCCCCUGUCUAAUGAUCAGUGAGGUAAACUGUGACAAUCCCAAACUGGACACUCUUGAAUUUUUGGAGUUGUACAAUGAAGGUUUGAAUCCUGCUUCUCUGGAUGGCUACACGCUUGUGUUUUACAAUGGCAAUGGAGACCAAGCGUACCGUGUCAUUGAUCUAAGCGGACACCUGACGGACCAGCGAGGCUUCUUCUUAGUUGGAUCUUCUGAACUGAAUCCCCGUCCCACAAUCAUUCUCCCACCCAACUCCAUUCAGAAUGGGCCUGAUGCCAUUGCGCUCUACGGGCCCAAUUGGACUCCGGUUCCCGAAAAUGGACAUGUUUCCAGAGUUGGUUUGAUAGACGCGGUGGUGUACACUUCUCGUAAAUCUACAGAAGGUGCCGAUGGGCUUGCGUCGGUUCUGACGCCAGGCUCGGUACCGUAUGUUGAGGAUGAGCAGGCUUUGUUAGGGGACGAGUCGAUUCAACGCUGCUGGCAGUCUGAAAACCUCUGGACGUUCCAUACAGGCCCGCCCACUCCUGGAUGGGUCAAUCACUGCCCACCGCCGACCCCCGGCCAUGUUUGGAUCAAUGAAGUGGAUCUCGGUGGGCCAGAUCAAAAGGGCCUUGUGGAGCUCAAUGUUGGCAUGGUAACCGGAUCGUUUUCUGUGGUUCUUUAUGAUGUCACUACGGAUCUGAUUAGCUCAAGUGUGCAGUUCAGUACAGCAGGUGCUGGAUUUGUUACCCUACCUUUGGAUACUGGGAUUUUGUCAGUGUCACAAAGUGCGGCUUUGGCAGUGUAUGAAGGCCCGGCUUCAGACUUCCCCAAGGGCAGCCCCCUCAGCCACCAGCAGCCAAUCGAUGCCUUUGUUUAUUGUGAUUCAGUGCACAUGCCCAGUGAGAACCUCACAGAGACGCUCAUACCUGGGAGGAAACCAUUUAUACUCGCAGAAAGUUUUCACACAGUAGGUCUUCAUGGCAGUCGCUGCGGUGUUGCUGAAUGGACGAGAGAUCCGGGACUGUUUGUAACGAGGCCACGAAGUCCCGGAAAAGUAAAUGACUGCGUUUGGUUUCAGUCCUGCCCACGUAACAUCACAGCGUAUACAUCACCGACAGGACGGCUCCAGCCCCCCUUUCAUAGCAAUUAUGAUUUCUUGCUUAACGAGAUCAACUCUGAUUCACCUGGAGCAGCAGAAGACGAGGAGUUCAUCGAGUUGUGGCAUCCGUCUGGCUACCGUAUGUCCCUUGAUUUCAUCUGGUUGGUGAUGAUCAAUGGACAGACUGGCAAGAUUUACCAUGAACUGGAGCUCAAUGGAUAUUACACUGACGAUGACGGAUACUUCCUGAUUGGGAGUGGUAAGCUCGCUGCAGACAUUAACAUCGUAGUCAACACUAUUCAGAAUGGACCAGAUGCCAUAGCGUUAUAUCGCAGUGAGUCACCGCCCUCUAUGUCGAGUCAGAGUAUUCCUACGGACGGUUUGCUGGAUGCAGUGGUUUACCGUACUCGUGGAUCUGACAAAAAGUCUUUGGAGCUAACAGAAGCGCUUACACCCGGACAGCUCCCCCUGCUGGAGGACAGUAAUGCAUUACCCGGCGACGAGACGCUCACCCGAUGUGGAGCUGGCAGACUCGACCUCAGUUCUUACAGGGUCGCUUCUCCAACACCAAGGAAGAUAAAUGACUGCCCAUCCACACCCAAUAUAGCCCCACCCCCUGGGGGUGUCGUUUUUAAUGAGAUUGGCUUGGACGACACACUGAAUCCUUUUGUGGAGCUGGUUGGUCCACCGUUGACUUCAUUGCUUGGAAUUAUUUUGGUAUUUUUUGUCGAUGAAGCUCAAAAAAUAAACUACCCGCUAACUGGCAGCACAGGAAGUGAUGGGUUCUAUUUUCUCCAGAACAGCUCUAGUGCAGAUCAGGGUUUGCCAGCGCUGAUUGAUUUCAGUGCAGUGGUCAUGUGUUUUGAGCCAUCAGGAUCUGGUGUUUGUGGGACUAACUCACGUUAUUUGGACCGGCUCAUCACUUCCAAUAAAUCGUGGUUAGAGAGGAUUAUCCAGUACAACACAUCAGACAUCAGACCCCCAGACAUCAGUACCCCAGUGCUCGGUAUGAAUUCUGUAUCUCGUUGCGCGUCAGAUGGGCCCAUAAAUUGGAUUAUUUCCAAGGUGACUCCUCGUCUACAGAACCUCUGUCCAAGUCCUGCCCAUUCCGUCUCUGUGGACCUGUGCCUGCAGCCGGAAAAUAAUGAUUGGCAGGGAAAAUCAGGAAAUUGUGCCAUGGAGAGAUUUUCUGAUUUAUUAGAUGAAAUUUGUAACUGCGGCAUCAGAAGCCUACAUCUUAAGGGUGUGAAUGUAUCCUGUUUAUCGGGUAGAGUGUAUGCCGUAGGGUCUGUCUUUACUGUGUCUGAACAGCAGAGGGUGAGUCUCACUGCAAGACUGGACAACAACAAACUCUUGUGUUCAGCGCCGCAGGAAGGACGGGUUCAUGGAGAAGGAGCAUCUGUUGGCCUGCAGGUGGGGCUUGUGCUCACAGCGGUUCUGUUGUUUGGAUUAGGUGCUGCCUUGUUUGUUUACCUGUACAAAAAAAGACGGCCUGCUGACUACCUCUCAAUGCAGCUCAAUGAACAGGCCGAGACGCCACUUCAACUUUAGUGUGUUUGCAUGGGUGUGUGUGUGAGUUUCUGUGUUGGUGAAUGCUUGCUGGAUCAUACAUGUCUGUGACUGUUUAUGAGGUACAGUGUUUUUGUAAGUAUUUGUAUUUGUGCUAGAAAUGCAGGUAUGCAGAUUUCAAGUUUUGUCAUGUUUUAAAGCCAUAUUAUUGAUCUUGCAAGAGAAAUAUUUCAACGGUUGUUUCAUUUGUUUAACAUGUUGAAGUUUAAACCGACGUCCUCAAGAACAUUAUUUUAUUAUAUCCAUCCAAAUUGCGUAAUUUCUGUGCUACCAGGUCAGCAGUUGCAAAAAUAACCGCUAUUUUCAAAAAACUCCCCCCAUCUUCCAGUGGUAGUCAGUGUUGCUGUGGCGCGCUGGACGGUCACUCAAACAAACAGAGGAAUGUUUUAACUGCACCACAAACUCACAACGCUACAGUUUUCAGUGAAAUCAGCCUAAAAAAUGGUUUACCUUUAGUUGACUACAUAUUAAGCCGGAGAACAAGAUAUCAUUUUAACAUCGAACAAAUUACACGUCAUAUUUUUGUCCAAUUUGAAUGUUAAUUGGAAGUGUGUACUCAUCAGUAGGCAAAUGUGCUGCGUCUAGUAUAUGAUAACCGCUAACUUUGACGACAAACUUUAGCUUGUUGUGAUAUGUAACACUUUCAAGGGAUGCAAAGAUCUCAAAGAUACUAAAUGCACUAUGAUCCUCAAAUUGAAGAAUUUUUGAAAAACUGUUUUCUAACUGAGAAAACGUUUGAAACGACGAACAGAAAUAAACAAAACAAAAUAAUGGAAUAAUUUGGUCCUUAUUAUCGUUCUUGGCGGCAGCUUCUCAGUCUCGGCUGGACAUCUCGGUAAUAACGCAAGUUACAAGAAAUGGUGUCAUUCACACAUCUUUAUUAAAUAUCGCCCGAUUAAACGCCAUUAACAAUAGUUGCACCUGUAGAGUCCGCUGUCCCAUCAUCUCUUGCCAGACAGCGCGUGUUCCCCUCAUUAAAGUUCAAGCAGUAACAAGUGAAAAAUGAAAUAUUAAUACAAUCAUCCAACUAAAUGAAAAGGCAAGGAAGGAAUUUAUUAAUGUAAUUAUUCUCUAUACAACAUUAAGAUAUCAUAAUAUAAUGCAUUAAAUAUAAUGCAAUAGGAAUAAUGAUAAUGAAUCAAUAACCAAAAAUGUCACAUUAAGUUUAAUGGCACCUAUGGAUUAUAAUUUUGUCUCCAUUUUUUUAUAGGGUAUCUAUCUUAAUAUAGAGAAUAUUUUGUUAGCCUAUACUUUUCAAAGUCUUAUUAAAAAAAGCUUUUUUAAACUUUCAGCAAAAACUAGGCAAAGUGAUAUUACUGGGAAGAGGAAAAUUCAAUUUAAAGUGACAGUGUGCAGGAAGCUUACAUAUAGCCAGUUAUGGCAGAGAUCUUGUUAAAAGGAGAAAUGAUCGGUGAACGUAUCGGCUGUAAAAAUACUGAUGCAUACCCUAUAUGACAUUGUGUUACAUGAUGUUUGUGACCGAUUAUAAAUUAAAUAAAAGGUAAACUUAGUUAGUAGAAAGGCUUUCACAUUUAGUAAAGUAAAGUAUUUUGAGUUUUCAUGUGUUGUCAUUCUAAGACUGUCUUCGAAAUGUUGAAUUUAACCUUUGUGCGUCAAUAAAAAAGUUACUCAGAGGUCCUUCAAGGACAAAAAUGUCCUAAUAAUAUUAUAUAUUAAUAUUAUUUGCCACAUUCACUGACUUACAUUUUAAUCAGCAUCAGUCCUGAUCAUAACUACCAAAUAUUCAUUCAUUUUCAGGAUUUUAACCCUUUAAAUGCCAGUUUGUUUAUAUAAUGCCACUGUUGUUGUUUUUUUUUACACUUACACAAUUUCUCAACACACACAUACAAAACACACACAAUUUUAGCUGCAUCAUUUAUUCAGUUGGCCUGCAGUGCUCUAUAAUACAGCAAACAGAAAAUAGGAGAAAAGUAUGUAUUUGCUCCAUAGGCCAAACAUGAGAAAAAUUGCGCCAUCUGGUGGAAAAUAUAAAGAAUGUACAUUUUGAAGCCAGGGCUCCGGAAUGAAAGUAUAAUAUCAUCGUAUUCACAAUUUUAUACUUUAAUGGGACUGGGAUCAAAUAUUGCAGUUUUAAUGGGUUUCAAUGGGAACAUAUUUGUCCUGAAGUUCCUGAGUGUAACUAUUUUGUGUACACAAUGUGUUAUAGAUGUAUUAUAGGAACUGAGGUUGCAAUAUCAGAAUUCCCUCCAGAAUGCACACCUUUGGCAAAAUGGAUGAUGUUGGCAUUAACACAGACAAAAUGAUCGAAAAAACAAAAAUAUCUCGAAGGUCGCACAAGGUUUAAAGGGCUAGACGCAGUUAUAUGUUCCAGCCAGCUCUGUGUUCCUGAGGUCUAGAUAGAACAGACAACACACAUACAGGAAAUAGAGGUUUCAGGUUAUAUUGUUUAAUAUUAUGUGCAAUUGCAAUCUGCUUUUCUCUUUUUUUGUUUUUGCUUUUUUUUUGCAUUUUACAAUCUUGUCUUGAAUCUAAAUUGUCAUUGAUUGUCUAUUCGCACUGAUUAUUAAUGAUGACUCCCAUGCAAUUUUGUAAAAUAAUGCAAUUUAAAAUA